UUAUCUUCAUCGAAUAUGAAUAUAAUGUUUGCAAUUUCAUAUCAAAUGUAUUUAGGUUUACACCCUACAGAAACAUUUCAUUUGAUGUUAUUUAGUUCCAGUUUGGUAAUUAGCAAUAGCGAUAUUAUGUUAUCACACAGCAUACCGAGGCCGAUAGUCCAUUACUCGGUACGUUGAACGCUACACUUACUGAAGUUACUGGUUAACAAAAAGGCCGUAUGACGUCGAAGAAACACUAAAAUAUAGCUUCCAUACAAAAUGUCGAUUCUUAGUCAAAUAAUUGAUGAUGCUAAUAUGAAGAAUAUUACAAAGGAGUUUAGCAGACUUGGAGAUAAAUGUUACUUAGACAAUGCAGGUGCAGCAUUAUAUCCUGAAAGUCUUCUUAGAAAAAUAAAUGAAGAUCUCCUGAAUAGUGUCUAUAUGAAUCCACAUUCUGACAAAUAUACCAAAGACUGUGUGGAUCAAAUAAGAUACUUAAUAUUGAACCACUUUAAUACUGACUCAAGCAAUUAUAGUGUCAUAUUCACAUCGGGGGCAACUCAGUCCAUGAAACUUGUACUGGAGGCAUUCCAGUUCCAUAAUGAAACUAAUAACAAAGGUUGUGGUUCCUUUGUUUACCUUAGAGAUAAUCACACAUCUGCCAUUGGGCUGAGAGAAAUAGCCAAAAUGAGAGAUGUAGAUGUCCUGCAUGUUUCAAAAGAUGAGUUUUUGGAUUCUUUGAUAACAAGUGAACAAAUGGAAAAUAAUUGGGAGGAACAACAAAAUCAUUCCGGCAAUACAUUGUUUGUGUAUCCCGCUCAAAGCAACUUCAACGGCUUCAAGUAUCCUAUAAACUGCAUUGAUAAAAUAAAAAAUGGCUGCCUAAAUACACAAAUGAAAAAACAUUUAUGUGAUGUUGACUGUAACUGGUAUAUCAUGCUGGAUGUGGCCUCCUAUGUUGGGACCAGCAAAUUGGACUUAUCUGUGACUAGACCAGAUUUUAUUUGCAUGUCAUUUUACAAAAUCUUUGGCUACCCUACUGGUCUUGGGGCCCUUCUAGUAAAGAACAGCAGUGCAAAUUUACUGAGCCAAAAAAAGUAUUUUGGUGGAGGUACCGUAGAUAUUGUUCUUAGCACAGAAGAUUUUCAUAUCAAAAGGCAGACACUACAUGAAAGAUUUGAAGAUGGCACAAUACCAUUCUUGUCAGUGAUAUUAUUAAAGCACUGUUUUGAUACUAUUUAUAAUUUAAUACCUAAAUCAAAUAACAUUAUGGAUGUUAUAUCAUAUCAUACAUUUUAUUUAGCAAAAGAUUUAUAUGAGCAAUUGUUACAUCUGAAACAUGUUAAUGGCUCUAAAGCAAUAAUGUUUUACAUGGAUUCAGACUUCACUGAUAUUCACAAACAGGGAGGCAUUGUUACUUUUAACAUAAUGAGAGAAGAUGGUUCCUACAUUGGAUAUGCUGAGUUUCAACACAUGGCAGAGCUGUUUAAUAUCCACAUAAGAACAGGUUGUUUUUGUAAUGCUGGCACUUGUCAAAGGCAUUUGAAACUAAGCAACAAAGAACUUAAGGAGUUGUACAAGUCGGGCCACAAGUGUGGUGAUGAGAUAGAUUUAGUUAAGGGUCAGCCUACAGGAGCAAUUCGAGUUUCCUUUGGUUACUAUAACACCUUUGAAGAUGUGGACAAAGUGGUUGCUAUGAUUACUAAUUGCUUUGUCAAAACAAAGCCCGUUACACCUAAGCGACAAUUGAUUAGCAUUGAAGGAAACUUAAAAUUACCUACAGGGAAGCUGUUAAAAACUUCAAAUAUUAAUAUUAUGAUUGACAAAACAGUAGAUUCAGUACCAAGAUAUGAUGAACAGGAAUUUGAAAUAACACUAAUGGAAAUUGCUAUUUUUCCCAUUAAAUCAUGUGGUGCUUUUAAACCUCAGUCCUGGAAAGUUGGCCAUAAAGGCUUCGAAUAUGAUAGAGAGUGGAUGAUCAUCAGAGAAAAUGGUGUUUGCUUGACACAAAAACAAAACACUUAUAUGUGUAUGAUUCUUCCAGACAUAAACUUGGAAGAAAAAUGUAUGGUCUUGAAUUUUAAAGGUAUGACUUCCAUUAAAAUUCCACUUGAUCCUUUGGCUUCAAAAUACACAGAGUUGUCACUAUGUCAGAGCAAAGUUUGCACAGAUAUUGUGAAAGGUUAUGAUUGCGGAGAUGAUGUCGCCAACUGGAUAUCUGAGGCUCUGGGUAUAUCGUUUUUGAGAUUAAUAAAACAAUCAGACGACCACGAAAGGGUGCGCAAGAAAAAUCUAGAUGAAAAGCAGACUUUACUAUCUCUAAGCAAUCAAGCUCAGUUUCUACUUAUAAAUAGAGCUACUGUUAAAUGGCUACAAGAUAGAAUUUCAGACCCGUCAUUUGUUGACGAUCUUCCAUCUGUAACUGAUAGAUUUCGUGGUAACUUAGUAAUAGACAUGAAGAAGGAGCUGGUUGAGAGUGAAUGGAAACUUGUUAUAAUUGAUGGUCAUGAAUUUAAGGUGGAAAAUCAAUGCUCUAGGUGUCAGAUGGUGUGUAUUGACCAAAAAACAGGGGAAAAAACUGUGGAGCCUCUAAGAACUAUAUCCAAAGAAUUUGGAGCACUAAAAUUUGGAAUAUAUUUAAGUUUCAUUGGGCACAAAUCUAAAAAUUGUGUUUUAAGAACUAAGUCCCAAGUAGUAGUAAAGAUGUAACUUUUUACUUUUUUAUAGCACCAGGUUUAUAUUGUAGGCACAUAUUAUUAAUAGAGAUUAUAAAACUAAAUAACUAAG